GCCGCGCCGCCACCCGGUUCACAGCGCUACUGGCGGCCCACGUUGUCGGUCGUGUCGUCCGCCGCGCUCGCCGCACGCAUCGCAGAGUCUCUCGUUGGCUUGCGGUGGAUCUCGCGGCGACCCGGUCGAUGGUCAUCAGUGCCGUGCCGACGUGCCAGUGGUGCUCCAAGUGAAAUGCCUGUGAAGCUUGUGACAGUCCCUGGUGUUGUGUUUCUUACGCCUGUGUGCUCCUUCGGGAGUUGUUGUGCCGCUAGAGACUCUGUUUCGCGCGCACCGGCCUUCGCCGCCGUCUGUGAGAUACCAGCGAGUACCUUGGUGACUCGCUCCGUCAUUGGAUUUUCUAACGCAUCGAGUGUUGUGUCAAAGUGUCUUGGUGCUCUUUUGGACUCUAAUAUUCCGGGGAGUGAAACUCCAAGAGACAUUCUCUUGGAAUAACCUACCUGGAUUAUCACCAUUUUCAACCUGCACCCUUGGAUUACUAUUUCACCAAUGAGUAUCGACACGACCAUCAUGCCGCCCCAGUUCGACCAACCCUGGUGCUCACCCAGCCCGCUGGGCCUGCCCUUGCCUGGCGCCGACGACGAGAGCUUGGACUUGAACAUCUUCGACGACCUAUCGUUCCUGGACGACUCCCCCUUGUUCCCCGAUGCCCUCCUCGAUGUCUGCCCCUCCGACAUGAUGGAGGACUUCCUGGGCUCCUCCCAGGUCCGGCACGACUGCAUGUGGGCAGGGACGUGCGUGGACGACAACAAGGACCGGCCGAACCCCUUGCCGCGGCUGCAGCACGAGAGCCCCGUCAAGUGUGGCUCCAUGCCCGUCCUCACCCCCUGCCACGACACCCCCACCAAGGACACUGACUCAGUGCCGGCCCCCAGUGUUACCCCCAGUAGAGCAAAGUGCAACCAGCGCAGCAUUCUAAGAACUAACCUCAACCUCGCGAGUGCCGCCCAUGUAGUGACCAGUGACCCCCUCAGGACAGCUUCUCAGGAGGAGAGCGAUGACUCUGGCCGGCCAGACACGCCCCUGAGCAUGGAGGGAAGUGUGCCCGACCCCGCCGAGUUCAAGCACGACUACGAGCUGGCGUCGUCCUGCAUCGGGGGUGACGACGAGGAGGAAGCGGAGGAGGACGAGGAAGAGGACGACGACGAGGAGGAGGAGGAAGAUGACGAUGAGGACGAGGAGAGCGAGGACGAGGACGAGGAGGUGGCGCCGAUGGUGAACGCGGCGGAGGCGACGGGCCAGACCGUGAGGGCGGCGUCGCAGCACACGUCCCGGUUCGACUCCCGGCCGCAGCAGAUGGCCGUUUCCAACCACUUCUUCAACGACCACAGCUACCACCUCAGCAAGGACGUCAGCUCGUCCAUCCCCGGCAACCUGACACCCUCAGAUUCUGAGGACGAGAUCGACGUGGUGUCGGUGUGCGGCGAGAAGUCGUCGUCGCGGUCCUCGUCGCAGAGCGCCCUGCCCUCCAACCCCUCGGCGCGCGACCGGCACGCGCUGCAGCAGACGAUGGCCUCGGCCAUGAAGCGGUCGUCGUACAACGCGGCGCCCUCCACCUACCCGUCGUACCUGUCCGGCCGGCAGCCCAGCGGCAAGCUGGCCAGGAUGCAGGCCGAGAGGCAGCGGCAGCGCGAGCGCAAGCGGCGCGCCCAGGAGCGCGACGACUCGUCCGAGGAGGACGUGGUGCGGCCCACCAAGAAGCGCGCCAAGCACCACCACGCCUACAAGCCCGUGCGCCGCGGCGGCGCCGGCCACUUCAGCAAGGCGUCGUCCUCCGACUCCGAGCCCGACUCGUGCGAGAAGCGCUCGCUGCACAACAACAUGGAGCGGCAGCGGCGGGUGGACCUGCGCAACGCGUUCGAGGACCUCCGCGUGGUGGUGCCCGAGCUGAGCAACAACGCCCGCGCCGCCAAGGUGGUGAUCCUCAAGGAAGCCUCCCACUACUGCCGCCAGCUGACGUACGACUCCAAGUCCCUGAGCCAAGAGUCCGUCGCCCUGGAGCGCGAGCGUGACCGGCUCCUGGCGAGAGUGUCCUUCCUGAGGAAACAGGUGGCCUGCAUGAGGAUGGGCCGGGAAGCGUAGGCAAGGUGUGUGCCAGUGUGCCAGACGCGGUGAGGACCUUAGCGCAAGUGUCAGAGAGGCUGUGCACGCGUGCCGACUGCCGCCUGCUCUCGACCCGAGACCACCUUCAGAACCGUAUCCAGGACUCUAGCUUCGUGCCUGUGUGGGAACUUUGACUCGCCCCGUCGAGUAGAGUGGAGUGGAGAGUGUACAGUGUACAGCUUGGUUGUAAUCAAUCCACUUGCUCGACUUGCGAGUUACGUAGACUUAGAUGCGUUGAAAUCAAUUAGUGACCAAUGCGUAGUGCUCUCCAUGUGGAGUAGUAGUUCCACGGGCUGCCUGCCAUUUUGCAUUUGUCACAAGACUUUGGAUUAUGUUAGGUUUUAUCAUCUUUAAUUUUUUCUUUUCUCUUUGAUUCUGUCCGGGCUCCGAAUGAGAGCAUAACGGAGAGAUCAUGUAUGGAAGUAGAUAGUUCCGUUGGGUAUAUCUGGCAGCUAGUGUCGCUUUCUAUCAUCGUCCAACUUGUCGGACUUAUAAAGUUAUGUACAAUUGGUUUUAGAAUGCAUUGUAAGUGAUAAGCUGCCGUAAUUGGUCCUAGUUUAUGCAGGUUUAAUAUUGGCUUUAGCUGACUUAGGCUAAUGAUAUCUCUGUAAGCCUAUUUGUAGGGCGUUUUUAAUCAGCCCAAGCCCUCUUUUGAUCUUGCGCAUAAGAUUAAUUUGUGAUAAUUUGUACAUAUGUUAUUUUUCUAACAAUCAAGUUUAAACCAAAGUAAUAGUCAUAAUUAAAAAUUAUUAGAUCUCAGAAUCAUUACCUUAAAAUAUUUAUGUUAUAUAAGUCUAUAUUUUUUCAUUAAUAUAAAUACAUGUUACCAUUACUUUGGUUUAAAUUAAGGUAGUUUUAAAUUUUUUUUUACAGUUAAAAUGUAAAUAAAAUAUCAUCAUAUAAACUAAA